AUGGAAACGGAGCUGGAGCACUUGUUCGGCCUGCUCAUGUUCCUGGGGCACGAGCCCUUCUGCGACAGGAGGGUCUGGGCCGAUUACAUCGUGCGGCCGAUCCGCAAGGGCGUCGCUGCCGCGGAGCAGCGCCUCCUCGACAUCCUCUCGCAGGUGAUGAUCAAAAACAAGCAAGAGGACAUCGACAAAGAAAUCGCCCUGCCCGAGUGUCACACCUCCGUGGUGCAGUUGAAGCUCAACGACUCAGAAAGGCAGAAGUACAACGAAAUCGUGUCGCAGAUCAAAACCAAUUUGAUCGCUUCGCGCGGCUCCGGUCCCGACUCCUUCCUCCACCCCGCCAACCGCAAUCUCGACGUGGCCAGCGAGCAGCUGCACGAUCCGAAGCUGCGAGGGGAGCUGUCCGAGCCGGAGGUCGCGGACCUGCAGAGCGUGGUGGAGAUCAUGAUCGCGGGCGACCACACGCUCGAGGCCCAUUUGCUGGUGUCUCCGAGAGACGCUUCGCUCGACCUACACAACGACGCAGCUGCGCCGGGCCCUCCCUCCUCCUCUCCUCCGCCCGGUCCACCGAGGGAAGAGCAGCCGGCCGACCUGGGCCGACAGGGCUCAGCACCGGCGCCGCCCCCGACCGCAGGGCCGUCGCUGGAGGUCCUUCGCCAACUGCGCCUCCAGCGAUUCAGCCCUUCGGAUACCCCGUCGACGCCCGUAUCGCCGCCCAUCGCAAUUGCUUCGGCGGCGGCUGCUGCCCUCGUCUGCGAGGAAGUCAUGGAGGACUCUCUCCCAGCGAUGGAAACCGCGCCCGCGCCCGCACCCGCACCCACGGACCCGCCUCCCACACCGAGCGUCGACAGGGACCCGUCGACGGUUCCGGUGAGCUCCCCGCCGUCCUUCUCCUUCUCGGACUCUUUCGCAAGGCCGCUGCCACUGCUGUCACCCACUACUCCCACAGCGCCUGUACAGCCCACGACGAGCUCGGCGCCGGCAUGCGAGGAGGCGGCGGCGCCCGUUCACCCAGGCGGCGUUGUGGCGGCGUCGCCUACGGCCGCCGCUUCGUCGUCUGCGGCGGCAUCGGCCGGUGCCACCUCGCUCCUGUUGAAGUCCGCCCUGCCCGAGGCCGCCUACAUUCCCUUGUCCGAGGUCAACUCCACGAAGCUCACCUACUUGCUCGAUCGGCUGCAGCAGCUUCCAGAGGGGUCGAAGGCGAUCAUCUUUUCCCAGUUCGUGCACGUGCUGCUAAUCCUACGCCAGGCGCUGCGGCAUGUCGGCCUUCCCUUCUGCGAGUUCUUCUACGGCUCUCAUUCCUCGCCCGCAGCCCGAGCGAGCGCACUUACCACGUUCAAUACGAGCGAUUACGUUCGGGUCAUUCUCAUGAAGACGGAGCUGGCAGCCUUCGGUAUCAACCUCACCGCGGCGUCGCACGUCUUCUUCGUGGAUCAAGUGUGGGAUCCGUCGGUGGAGCGGCAGGCCAUCAAGCGAGCUCAUCGCAUCGGGCAGACAAAGGAGGUGUUCGUGGAGAAGCUGGUCAUGGAGAACACCAUCGAGGCCACCAUCCUCACCUUCAACCAGGACAAGUCCCUCGCUCCCCAGACCGAAGCGACGAAGGGGGAGAGCGAGCUCAAGGCGCAGCGCAAGGUUCACUCGCUGCUGCGAUCACUGGAGUUCAUCCAUCGUUUGGGCGGCGAUGGCGCCGAGGCCGAGGAUGAAGACGGCGAUCCGGGUGUCAUCCUGGGCAAGAGGGCGCGCCAGCUCUUCGGUCGAGCCGGCGACGCCCGCGACGACCCGCGCUCCAAGGGCAAGGAAAAGUCUGACGACGUGGAGGACGAGGGCGAACAGGCCAUCGCCUCGAUCGACCUGCGGCGGGAAAAGAAGAGGAAGAAGACUGUGAAGAGAGUGCGGUUCAUGGAGCCAGACGAGAGCGAAACUGUAACAGAAGAGGGAGCCGCCAGCAGCACCUCCACCACCAGCUCCUCCAGCAGCGCGAGGGAACCCUCCACCGACGACGUGGUACGAAAGCGGUCGAGGGACGGCGCUGAGGAGGGCCGUGCACUACUACUGCAGGGCUCAGUUGGGCCGGAUGACGACGUCUCGGACUCAAUUCAGGCGGCCGCGCACGGCACGCCACCCAAGCGAGUGCGCUUCUUGGACGACGACAGCUCCUCUUCAGCCGAACAGGGCGAGUGA